UUCCUUAGGCACUCUCGUUGAAGCAGAGAGCCUAUAAAUAGAACCCCAGACAAUGGAACUCCUCACAACAUAUAGUCACAGAGGCUAUUAAAGUGAGAGAGAUAAGAUAGAAAUGGAGAAGUUUCCAGUUAUUGACAUGGGGAAUCUGAAUAAUGAAGAGAGAGCAGCAACCAUGGAAACAAUAAAAGAUGCCUGUGAGAACUGGGGUUUCUUUGAGUUGGUGAAUCAUGGGAUAUCCAUAGAGUUGAUGGACACUGUGGAGAGGCUGACAAAAGAGCACUACAAAAAAUGUAUGGAGCAAAGGUUCAAGGAAAUGGUAGCAAGCAAAGGUUUGGAGUCUGCUCAAUCUGAAAUCAAUGACUUGGAUUGGGAAAGCACCUUCUUUUUGCGCCAUCUUCCAGUCUCUAACAUUUCAGAGAUCCCUGAUCUCGAUCAAGAUUACAGGAAGGUCAUAAAGGAUUUUGCAGUGGAACUGGAGAAACUGGCUGAGCUGCUUCUUGACUUGCUGUGUGAGAAUCUUGGGCUGGAGAAAGGGUAUCUGAAGAAGGUGUUCUAUGGAUCCAAGGGCCCAAAUUUUGGCACCAAAGUUAGCAACUACCCUCCUUGUCCCAAGCCAGAGCUCAUUAAGGGCCUCAGAGCCCACACAGAUGCUGGUGGCAUCAUUCUACUCUUCCAAGACCACAAGGUCAGUGGAUUGCAGCUUCUCAAAGAUGGACACUGGAUUGAUGUCCCACCAAUGCGCCAUUCCAUUGUCAUCAACCUUGGCGACCAACUUGAGGUGAUCACGAAUGGGAAAUACAAGAGUGUGAUACACCGUGUGGUUACUCAAGCGGAGGGAAACAGAAUGUCCAUAGCCUCGUUUUACAAUCCAGGAAAUGAUGCUGUGAUCGCUCCAGCACAGGCUUUGGUGAAGGAAGAUGAGACUAGCCAAGUUUAUCCAAAGUUUGUUUUUGAUGAUUACAUGAAGCUUUAUGCUGGCCUUAAAUUCCAGGCCAAAGAGCCAAGAUUUGAAGCUAUGAAGUCGUCCAGCAUUAACUUGGGUCCCAUAGCAACUGUCUAAGCCUGAGAUUGAAGCAUUAUAUUAGUUAUAAUAUAAUAUAAUAUAUGUCUACCGGUAUCUUUCUUUGCUAUGCUAUGGAUGCGCUGUUACGCAUGUGUAGCAAAAAUAUCUAAUACAUACUAUAGAAAUAAACCAUUAGUUUGAUGUUGAUAGUUUAUUUGUGUAAUGUCUGUGACUGUUAAGUUCAUUGGUGUCAUAUAUUGAUGAACUUGUUUUGUUAAAAAGUGACCCGAUCUUAUUAUUAGCCAUUUUAUAAGGAA